AUGGCACCGACCGCCGUGAACGCCAGUGGCAGUGGCAGCUUCUGCACUACUCCAGUUUGUCUUGAGAUCGCCUCGGACAUUCUGUCGAACCUCGCUCCCAACUACACCGACAUCGAUCCAUGCACAGACUUUGACAAACUGGCAUGCGCCGGAUACAAGGGUAGUCAUGCUCCGGCGGCCGGCCAAGGGAAGGCUUCAUCGUUGGGGGAUGUCAGCAAGGAGGUGUCGGUGGUUCUGAAGAACAUCCUCGAAGGGUCCUACCAAUCGGGAGCCAACGCCGGGUACAUCACGGCUUCCCUACCUCAGGAUCAGAUUCCCACGGAUCGGGAUAACUUCAAGUUGAUUGUGGAUUCGUACAAUGCCUGCGUCAACAGUACCGCUGUCGAAGCCGCGGGGCUGAAGCCCCUGAUGAGUUUCAUUGACCGGAUCGCCCAAGCCUUCCCGGUGACGAACGGGGGAAAAGACCCUCAGCGGAUGAUCAGCAAGGAUGACACUCCGGAGAUGGGCAAGACGUUGAUGCUCUUCACCCAGUACGGCAUCAACACAUUCGAAUCGGUUGGUGUGGACUGGGACGACCAAGACACCAAUAAAACCAUCAUCUCAAUUCUUCCCGGUGGAACCCCUAUUCUUACCGGCAGAGAAGAUAACGACACCGUUGCGCAGUACCAGCGCGUCAUGUCGUCAGUCCUCCAGGCAGUUCAUCCAGCAAAUCUUUCCAUGGCCGACUCGCAGAGACUUGCGUUGGCGGUGACAAAGUUCGAGAAAGACCUUCAGAAGCUAAGACAAACAGACGACAGCCGCCCGUCUGAGGACAAACCAGCAAGAAAGUUCAAGCUAGAGGACGUCACCAAAGUCGCUCCAGAACUGGAUCACGGCUCCCUCAUCAAGGCCCUGGCACCCCCGGACUACACCCCAGAACAGCUCGUCUUCUCGCCUGCUUACUUCGGCAACCUCUCCCAGCUCCUCGCCAACACCUCUGCAGAAACAGUUCAGACCUUCUUCGUAUGGAAAGCGACCACCACGCUCUCGUCUUACGUCGAGGCCGACGUGACGACACGUCUAAAUGAUAUGAGAUCGACCCUUCGCGGCUUGGAUCCCGUCGCAAUCGGGAAGCAGCCCCGCUGGGAGCGGUGCGUAAGCCACGUCGACGCCGGUCCGACGUGGACCAAUUUCCCCGCCGGCCUCGGCUGGAUCCUCAGCCGCUUCUUCCUCGACAAGGCUUACUCUAGAGAAGCCCGCGAGCUAACAACAAGCCUCAUGGGCUCCAUCCAAAACACCUUCAUCGCGCGCCUCGGCGACAAAGUCUGGCUCUCCGCAGCCGUCAAGAAGGUCGCCGAGGAAAAGGUCAACGCCAUCUCCAAGAAGAUCGGCUACCCCGACUCCUCGCCAGAGACGAUCAACCCGAAGAGUCUCUCGGACCACUACAAGGGCGCCACCAUCAACAGCGAUUUCUUCGAAAACACCCUCUCGCUCGCCGCCCUCUCCACGAACCGCACCUGGGCCUACCUCAGCAAGCCCGCCGACAAGGCCCUCUGGCUCAGCACCCCGUCCCAGGUCAACGCGUACUACUUCCCCACGUACAACGACAUCGUCAUCCUCGCCGGCAUCCAGCAGAAGCCGCUCUACGCCGUCGGCUAUCCCUCCUACCUCAACUACGGCGCCCUCGGCUCCGUCCUCGGCCACGAGCUCACCCACGGCUUCGACAACUCGGGCCACAACUACGCCCCCAACGGGUCCCUCACCAACUGGUGGGACAACAGCAGCAUCAAGGCCUUCGACGAGCGCACGAAGUGCUUCGUCGACCAGUACCAGAACUUCACCCUCCUCGCCCCCAACGGCACCAUGGUGCCGGUCCGGGGCAACUUCACGCUCGGCGAGAACAUCGCCGACGCGGGCGGCGUGGCCACCUCGUACGCCGCGUGGAAGCGCGCCCAGGCCGACGGCAAGGUCCAGGACUUCGACCUGCCGGGCCUCGAGCGCUUCUCGCACGACCAGCUCUUCUUCGUCAAGUGGGCGCAGUCGUGGUGCGACGUCUCGGCGUCCAAGGCGUACGACGUCUUCCUGCUCGGCAGCGACGUCCACUCGCCCGGCUUCGCACGCAUCAAGGGCCCGCUGGAUAAUUCGAGGGAGUUCAGGAGGGCGUUCAACUGUCCGAUUCAGAAACCCACGUGUGAGCUUUGGUAG